AUGUCUGACCAGGUCCAGGAAGUUCCAGCGGGCGACAAAGUAUCCUGGGUUGCAGAUGGAUCCGAUCCCACUGGAACCGCGGCGGCCAACCCCGAUGGACUCCCAGUCACAGUCGUCGCAGCGCAGGCAGGCGACGAGUCCACCAAAAAGUCUAGCGAUGAGCCCAGCUCUGUAGCUCAUACUGAGACUAAUGGUAACGAUGUUGCGAAGCCCGCCGACGACCCGAAGCCUUCUGUUCCUGAACCCGAUAAAAAGAACGGCGUCGCCCCUUCGGAAGAGCAGCAGCCUCUCAAUGAGAAUAAAGAAGAGCAUAAAGAAGAAGAACAGGAACAAGCGCCAAAGGACCCCGAAGUCGGAAAAGUCAAGGAGAAGGAGGAUGAAAUUACACCGGCGCAGGCCGAUCAAGGGGAACCUCAAGCCGGCGAAAAGAGAAAGGCAGAUGAGAAAGCUGAUGCAAGUGAACCUACAGACGUCGCGAACGGCAACGAAGUGAAGAAACAGAAGGUCGAGGCCAAUGGUGCUGCCGCCCCCACCAAUGGGGAAAAGAAGAAACCGGGUCGACCAAAGGGCAGCGGAAGUGGCUCGGCUAAGAAGGACAAAAAGAUACCGGCCGUGGGCAGAGCGCAGAGGAGGACUAGGAGUCAAGCAACUACUGAGAACUGA